AUGAGGCUUGCUCACCUUCAUCUACCGCAUACUACGCCCUUCGCGCGCGUCUCCGACCUGCAACAAGCUCUUACAACCCGCUUCCUCACCCACAAGAAACUCGCAGGGUCAAUCUCUUCACAGACACAGCCUAUAGUUCAAGGCAAUGCGCCGCCACCAGAUCCCACUAUAAUCACUUUCAGCCCGAACCCAGUCUACACAACCGGUCGCCGCGACCUACCACCCUCCAAUACCUGUCCCUACUCAGCAUCCAAUAAUAUCUCCCUUCCACUACCUCUCGAACCAAUUCGCUCCCUUCUCGUACCAUCCGGUCCAAGCAAUACCCCCAAAGCAGAAUACCAUCCUACCCUCCGUGGAGGACAAACAACAUACCAUGGCCCGGGACAAAUGGUCGCAUAUACAAUCCUUGAUCUUCGCCGCCUCGGUCUGACGCCCCGAUGUCACAUCCGUGUUCUUGAAAAUAGUGUUAUCGAUAUACUGAAACAUUACGGAAUACGUGGGUUUACAACCGCUGAUCCCGGUGUCUGGGUUCAAGAUGGCUCAGCGGAAAAGAAAAUCACCGCCGUUGGGGUCCAUUUACGACGAAAUAUCAGUAGCUUUGGAGUUGGGCUGAAUGUUACAGAAGAACCGAUGUGGUUCUUUAAGCAGAUUGUUGCCUGUGGACUUGAGGGGAAAGAAGUAACCAGCUUAGAGGGACUUGGAGUAAAAGAUGUCGGGGUUGAUGAAGUUGCGGAGGGUUUUGUGGAGAGGUUUGUGGAGCGCGUGAAUAGGGAUUUCACGGGAGAAAAGAUUAAUGAGGUUUAUUCGGUCAAGGAGUCUGAUUUACUGGGGUCUUCUUAA